AUGACCACAAAGACAUCCAACAUUGGGACUCAUUAUCCAAAACACAUUCACAUCCGACGAGUCGUACGAAGAAUUGGAUUCAAGAAAACAGAGACAAAGCCACAAGAAAUGGCAAAACGUGUGCAUAAAGUGGUCGAAACGGAAACUGAAGAUCAAUUUGUGGACACAUCUCGUGAUAAUAGAGUGAAUUGUGAAUCAAUAGGUGUUGAGCCAAACGAGACAAUAAGUGGUGCGAAAGGGAAGCGCUUCCGACCGAAACAGUUGUUGACUGAACACCACUUACGGCACCGGCAGCUGAGGCAAUACCAGUGCGAUGAGUGCGACAGCGCUUUCGUCACCAAAAACGGCCUCAAAGGCCACAAACAGUACCGACACAGCGAUGAGCGGCCCUAUGGGUGCGAUUGGCCCGGAUGUGACUCCGCGUUCAAGGGUCGCCAACAGCUGGCCCUCCAUAAGGCCUGUCAUCUCAAUGAACGCGUGUUUGUGUGCGAUAUCGACGACUGUAUGAAGAGUUUUGUGACCAAAAAGAUGUUAACCAGUCAUCGGUUGCAACACUUGAAGCCCAUUGUGUGCAGUUGGCCCGCAUGUGGACAACGGUUCGCACAGAACUUCAUGCUUACGGAGCAUAUGAAUAGACACCAAGACUUGCGGCCAUUCAGUUUUAGACUGGAGCGACAGAAGAGUGAUAUGUAUUCACUGACUGAUUUGUCGAAAAUAAUAGACGUCCUCCAUAUAGCUUUAUUUAUCUACCCCUUUGAACCCAACAUAUUUGGCAUAGAAUUCGGGGACGCGGGCUUCAUUGGCAGCCGGUUUAUUGGUUCAACUGAAGGGGAUGUCAUAAUCAGCAGCACAUCAUUGGUGAUUCUGUCGGAUACUUUCCAAUUUAAAGACAAAACCCAAUUAUUUGACCAAUUCUUUGCUGGAAUUUAUCUAUUAUUCUGUACGAUCCUGUUAUCCAUAUAUUCCGGAUCCUUAUACGAGAAUAUAAUAAGGGGUCAGGAGUUUGAUUGGGUCGAGAAGAGAGAGGAUUUGUUCACAAAAUCUCAUUGGAAACACGCGACAAUCGUACCCUUCGACCAAACUAUGAUUUACUAUUUGAUUUCUGAGCGCCAAACGGGUUCACAAAUGGGAGCCGAUCUCUUCAAUAGGUUGCAGCCCACGGAUCCGUUAUCUGUGAUGACCAACACAUCUGAACAAAAUCAGCUCGUAUUUGAUGUCAUGAGAAACAAAUGUGGCGGCAAAACUGUCGGAUACUAUCUGUUGAGGAGUUUUAUGGAAAGGAAUUCUAAUUAUAAGGACAGGUAUGUGGAGGACCGGGACUUUUAUGUAUCGCCAAACGAAAAUACGUCGACACUCUAUAAAUGGCUACUUAAUGAAGAUGUGCUGGAUGAAGCUUUCAUUUAUAAAUUCAACAAAAUAGUGGCAAGACUUCAAAGCAGUGGUGUCUAUGAGUAUGAAGUGAGGAAAUCACUGAAACCCAAAGGUUUUGGACCCGAUAUACACGAGAAGCCUAAAACCGAGGAUGAUAUGCGCGAAAGGGUUCAACACAUAAUCAAUGUGUGCGGGUAUUUGGUGGACAGGAGUGAGGAAUGCCUACAUUUCAACAUAACUGGACUACAACAGGAGGGGUUGGGACAAAACCUUCACUAUCUAAAGGGCAUUAAAAGCGAAUUAUCGGCCAUUCCUGUCACUUCAGUCGGUCAACAAUAUAUGCAUCAAAUUGAGGUCGACGUCAAUAGUACUACGAUUUUUAUAGACAACAUUUGUCACAAUAUUAACAUCACUUUUCAU